GGCAGCCAACCAAAAAGGCCUAAUACACAGAACACGAUCAUUCAAGGGGAAAACCCAAGGAAUAACAAAAUCCCAAAGGAAGCAAUCCCCCCACUCUUGGCUUGUUGGGUUAUAAAACUCACCGAAUCCAAAAUUUCUUUCUUCACCGGACAAUAAGACCUUCCUCUAAUUCAGAGAGCAGAGCGCGCGCACAGCAGAACACGAAAGGGCGAGGAUGGGCACAAGAACGCCGGCCCGUGAGUACGAGGCAUUCGAACCGACCACAGACUGGGCACGAGAAGGAGGAUUCGACACGUUUCGCAUCCAUCUGCCAGGUUUUACAAAGGACCAACUGAAGGUUCAACUCACAUCGACCGGCAAUUUUAGGGUCACGGGAGAGCGUCCAGUUAGCGGCAACAAAUGGAUCCAGUUCCGCCUAGAAAGGCCUAUUUCAUCCAAUCACGAUGAUACCAACGUCAGCGCAAAGUUCGAAAACAGCAUCCUUCUUGUCAAAUUUCCGAAGAUUAUCGUUCAAGCCGAACCCCGUCCAGAGGCAAAACCAGCAGUCCAACCUAUUAAGCCCCCUGAGCCCACGCCUCCGGUGGAACCUCCAAAAACCGGUCAAAAACAGGAUACCAAGGAGCCGCCGAAAGCAGAAAAAGCGCCAGUUCCAGCAAAACAGACACAGGAGAAACCGAAGAAAUCGACAGAGGAUGAAGCGAAAUAUGGACCGGAAACGGCUUUACAGAAGAAGAAGAGCGAAGAUUUGGCUCAAAGGAAAGCAACUGAAGAGGAUCACAAGUGGGGCGAAACUGCAAAUAUAGGCAAGAGGAUGGAAAAAGCGGGAACAUCGGACGCCGGCGACAUUGGUAAGCCCAGAGCCGAGAUUUACAAGGAAAACGUUGGGAGUUACGUCACAAAUCCAAGGAAGCUAAGGAAUUUGAUGAACACCAUGGUGGCAGCUCUGCUAAUUCUGGUGCUUGGCCUGUACGUGAAGCACGUACUCAGGUCUCUUGGAACACCCAAAUCCGACCCAGAACUUUAAGCUUGCAAAAACGAUUUGUUGCUCCACAGUUCAUACAGCAUUAAAUGUAAUUCUAAGUGUGACGAGUGAAUAAUGUGCCUUCUACAUAUUAUAAAUUAUUAACUGAUAUUGAUUCUAUUUUA